AUGAGCGGCCAAGGUAAGAAGGUGCAACCUGCUGUAACCGGAGGCAACUGGAGCCAACUGGGGGUAACCGGGGGUAACCAGAGGGCGCACCAAGACGUCUCCGUGGCGACGGAUCUCCCGUUCAGCCCCAGCGGCUUUGAGCUGAGGACCUCACCUGAGGAGAAGCCUCGCCGCCCCGCUCCCUGGGCGGUCUUGGUCUGGGGGGGUCUUGGGGGUCUGGGUUUGGGGUCCCUGGUCCUGGACCCCCCGUCGGUCGCCGUGCCUAAAGCCUCUGGUCGGUCGACCGGCCCUCCGGCCCCCUCCGUCCCCCACCGGCCCCCACGGUCCCCCACCUUACCCCACCGUACCCCACCGGCCCCCACCGGCCCCCUCCGUACCCCACCGGCCCCCACCGGCCCCCACCGGCCCCCUCCGUACCCCACCGGCCCCCACCGGCCCCCUCCGUACCCCACCUUACCCCACGGUCCCCCACCUUACCCCACCGUCCCCCACCGGCCCCCACGGUCCCCUCCGUCCCCCACCGGCCCCCACAGUCCCCCACCGGCCCCCACAGUCCCCCACCGGCCCCCACCGGCCCCCACGGUCCCCCACCGUACCCCACAGUCCCCCACCGGCCCCCACGGUCCCCCACAGUCCCCCACCGGCCCCCACCGGCCCCCACGGUCCCCCACCGUACCCCACCGUACCCCGGAGCCACGGUGCUGA